CCCGUUUCUUCAAGCUGGAGCGAAACCGACUUCUGCUGUCUUCCAUCAGGCUCGUUAGUGCCAUCAUGCCAGACACCACCGAAUCAGAGUUCACAAGCCGAUAUUCAUCAUCUUUAUCAGCCACCAGACCUGGUUUCUUGGCCAAGCUAGUCAUCCGCACCAUCUAGCUGUUCUGCCUUGUGGCCAAGCUUCUCAAUUUAUUAAUACCAUAUGGCCGUCCUGUUGCUGAGGGCAACAGUGCCAUGCUAGCAGCCCUUCAAACGUUCGACAGCCUGAAAGCGAAGACUAUUGGACUGCAGCGUUCUCUUAUUCUACUUUGUAUUGCCAAAUGUAUUUCACACUGGUGGAUGACACGCAAAGGAAAUCCGAUUUGGAAUCAAGGGUACAUCAGCAAGCUCAAGAUUGUCUCCGUUGGGGGAACAGGUGUAUUGCAAUUGGGUGCUGCGAUCGCCUUCUUUACGACUAUUGAAGGGCUUGUCAACAACUGCUACCAGCAACCAGUCAUCUCCAAUUACCUGGCCAACCUAAGCAACCAACCCAAACCAAAAAAUGGGAGGGUGGAUCCCCUGGUAAUGUUUAUGGAUGGCAACGACAACAGAGCCCGACUGUUGUUGAUGAGUUCGAUCGGAUGCGCUAUCGUGAAAGUUGGCCCCUUGCUCUUUCAAAGGGUUAUCGCUUCCAAAUGGAGAUACUCCAGCCCAGCCAAAACACCGACAGUCUUGCCUAUUAGUAACGUAGAUAGGCUCGACGACACAGAAAACCGCCUACACUCUGGACCACUUGCCGAAGAAUACGACAGGUGGCAAGAGAGAAGCUCCCGUCGAGUCGCACAGCGGACUGCCAACAGCCAGAUCAUUGUCGUCACGGCCUCUUAUCCUCCAAGGAUCGAACCAGAGGGGUCCAUUAUUCCGUCACCUGCUACUCUGGGAACGCAAGAGCAGCUCCGGUUUCACGAAAGCCUACUCUCUUGGACACAGGUUGACCACAAAUCAAUUCGGAUCCUGUUUGUCAGCUUCGGCAUAUUGCAAACUACGCUCGCCAUUCUGCAAAUUAUUCGACUCAUUAUACUUGCUCAACCAGGGGCCAGAGGGUUAAACUCAUGUGGAGGAGUCCACUGCACCCUAAGUUUUCUGGGCCUUGUACCUUGGAUACCGCUUCUCUUUGUCAUAUACUCCUUCAUUCCGCGUCGAGUUCCUCUGGAGCAACAGGUUGUUGGGAAAGUCAAUGUUUUCCAUCUCUUAGUCUUGGGUCUCGUCAUUGGUUACAUCUUUACCAUUAUCACAACACAUUCACUUAUACACAGGCAAUCCCGGCUUGCCAGACCCUAUUUAUUUCUGGCCAAUUUCCACCGUCACCAUUCUUGUUCUCGCGCUAAUCAGCCUGAUUUAUCUUCCUCCUCUUCUCGCUUUUUUUGUUUUAUGCGGUAUCGCUACUCAGAUGAUAUUGUCUAAUCGCCUACGUGUGGUAGCGCUUGGCGUGAAACUAGGAACAGCCGUAUGUCUUUUCAUUCUUCUCUCUACAUAGGGAUCUUGUCGAUGAGUGUUACAGACCGCGGCCCGGGCUAAUUGAAUCCCGGGCACCCCACGCUUAGGGCCUGGGAAAGCCCGGGGCUGAAGCGGGGGCUGCGGGAUCAGCGUGAUCGGCGUAAGCGCUGAGCCCGAUUGGGGAUUCCUUUAGUAAUUAGUACUGUCCUGCUCUGCGGCGUAGGAAGGUCCAGCUGGCCCGGUCGGCCGGGUCCGAGGGGGUCCCCGCAGGGGCCGCGAAGGGAUCGCAGAGUAGCCCUGAGUUAAAGGGCGAGGUGGUCUGCCCGAAG